AUCGCAAUUCUUUUAUUCAUUCAAUCCAUUUCCACUACUUCUAGCAAUAGAAAAAUCUCAAGUCAAUUAAUUAAAGGGAGAAGAGAGAUCACCUGCAAUGGAAAGCAAUACUGCUGAAGCUACUCGUAAUCGCAUGUAUGAGGAUUUUGAGCCUUAUUGCAAAUGGCUUACAAAGGAUGGACAAGCGACUCUUGAGAUUAAUUUGAAGGGUUUCAAAAAGGAGCAACUUAAGAUUCAAACCUACGACUGGGGGAUCCUAACAAUUCAUGGAGAAAGGCUUGUGGAUGCAUCCAAUGAUAAAUGGAGCCGUUUCCGUAAAGAAAUUAAAAUUUCAAAAGGAUGUAAUAUGAAUUCAAUCCGUGCAAAGUUUUCCCAUGGGGUUCUUUUCAUUGCAAUGCCUAAAGAAGCAGUCAUGGAGAAACAUUUAAUUUGGGGGGUAGAAACAAGAAAGAGAAUAUCACCCACUAAAGUUGCAAUUGGAGUGGUCUUCGUGGUGGCACUUGGGACUUAUAUAGCUCGAAUAGUAAGUAGUGAUGCAAUAAGAAAGUUGAUUAAGUACUAGACCACAAAAACUACAAUGAGGUGGGGUUAAAAUCAGGAUAUGGUCUAUGCUAAUAAUAAUGCAUAGGAUUGCAUGCUUUCAGAAUGUUUUAUGUGGCAAUGAGAAAAAGUGAGUAAGGUGUUCAUAUUUUAUGUUUACUUGUAACAUUACCUUCGAAGAAUAAUAAUAGUGGUUUGGAUCACCUAAAUUCAUUCA